AUGAAUUAAGUUCUUUUCACUGUGGUCGGAAGUAUAUUUGUAGAGACGUGGCAGGUAUUGGGACGGGGUGGACGGGUAUGUUUGAGAAGGAGACCCACGGAGGGAGCCCAGGUACUCAGUCUCCUCUGCAAAAGACCCUCUUCCUGGAGGGAUCUGAGCACCCCUGCCUCGUCCCUUUAAUUCCCCAUUUUUCUGGGAAAACAUUUCCAGCCAAAUGGCAAGGAAUUCAUUCCUGUUCCUGAGCAUUGUAGUUUGCUGUCAUCUUUAGAAAAGAAAAUCAAGCACUGAAGAUCACUCACUGCUGGGCACCUUUCUGCAGCUUACUUCCUCUAGGAGCAAGGGCGUGAGAAUAGGAGGUUGGAGAGAGGCAGGGAGGAGAGAAAGCAGCUCAUGAGGAACCAGUCUGGCUUAGUAUCCAAUUCAGGUUAAAACCUGAUCAACUGUUUUUGUUUUUGUUUUUUUACUGCGCUGCUGCAAUCAGAAAUGAAACCUCUGUCUUUCAUAAGAGAGAGUAGGGGCAGAGGACUACGCUGGGUGCUACCUAUCUAUGAACAUACACAGGUUGACUAUGGCUGUCUCUAGAAUUUUAGCUCAAGGGCAGUUCAGCGGAGAAGAACUAAAUUAUCCCAAAUACACAGAAUUAAAAAGAAACUAAAAAGCUUGAAGAUGGCACACUCUUACCAAACAGAGAGGGUGGCAGACAGAAGAGGGAUCAUUUGAUGUGUUGGAAAAAGCAGCAACCCAGUCUUAGUACCAGCACCUCAUUUUGUGAUAACAUUCUACUACUAAACCUGGAAAUCCAGAGUCUUGUUAGAUAAUGGCUUCUCUUAGAUUGCUUGUCUGUAAAAUGGGAAUCUAGUUCAGACAUUGUGAUGAAUAAAGCAUAUUCGUUACGGUAUGUUGACCUUCUAGCAUGACCUGUGACAUAGCAACUGCUCGCUAACUGUGGCUGGUGAUUACCACCGUUAACAGUCACAGAACCAGCAGUAUCAAAUAGGAGCAGCUCUGCUGGUAUUUGGAGCUGAUUAUCUUGACCUGUGAAACUAAUUUCCUGGGUAAUUCAGCUUUGAAAAAAGCAAACAAACGGACAAAACACCAUCAGAGGCUUUGGGGAGAAAUGAGCUGCCCCUGAGUGACUGACGCAAAGCACUUCUCGUCACGGGCAACAGAACUGCGAGGCUAAAAACACAGUGGCCAGAACGUUCUAGGUGAAUGAACUCACAGCACUUGGGGCAGAAACAGGAGGUCUAGAGGGAAAUUUUAGGUGAAACAAUCAUCUGGCGUGGAGGUCACAGGCCCAUGGUGACUAACACGGGGACCCUGAGGCUGUGCUUGCUUCUCCUUCAUUCCUUUUCUUCUCCCUCUUCCUUUUUUUUUUUUUUUUUUUAAGGUUUGGGAACCAUGUUGUAUUUAAGGGUUCUGAGACAGGGCAGCAUGGGGCUGGGAGAUCUGGGUGCAUCUUUCCUAGGCCUGCAAGCCCCUGGCUUUGGCAUGAGAUGGCCCUGGUCUGAACUGUGGUUCUGCCAUUCCUCGGCUAUGCCCAGCUGAGUGUUGUCACCUCUUGGCCUCCAUCUCUCAGUCUGUAAAACGGGGCAAUAUUAGUCUCCAUGUUGAAUACUCAGCGCACGGUGGCUGUGAUUAUCAUAAAUCAACACUUAAAUGAGGACAUGUCACUCUUCACUUUGAUUCUGGUUUCAGAAUCGAGAUGAACAUCAAGGUUGGGAACGUUUCUUAUACGGGAGCCAUCAUUUCCUGGUCGUCCUCGGAGCCCUGCCUGGAGGACUAUUACCAUAUUAUGUAUAGGCCCAAUUGGAACAGCAUCUUCUCUGGCUAUCUUCGCUACAGCUUCCAUCACGAGGAGAAGGUGCCUCGAACAAUCAGCUCCGUGGUGCUGGAACACCUCACCCCUUCCACCCUCUACUUCCUGUGCAUCAGCUGCAAGAAGAUUCUCUUCCCCUACAGGCACUACUGCACCAUGUUCCACACCCUGGAUAAGACUCCACUGGCCGCUGGAAGCUCCCUGGUGGACCCCCAGAUCUCGCUCUGGGUGCUGAUGGCCAUUCUGCUGGCUUGUUUCACGGCAGUCUUAGCCUUCAUCUGCCUCCAGUUCUGGUGCAUCCGGUGCCACGAACCUCGAUGGUCUUACAGAGCCGGCCACAUGGAGGAAGCCAAUGGGCUGGUGAGAUGGCCAGAGGAGGCCCCGGGGCUAGGUCAGGGGGACGAAGGCCUGCAGGGGCUCCCCCUGGUGGAGCUGCCACACAAAAACUCUGGAGAAGAUGCGGAACCAGAAGCUGAAGCUGCAGCAGUGGAAGUUGGCCAGCAUGCCCCCGAUGCGGGUGCCUUGCAGAGGGAGGGAGGUGGUCAGGCUGCAUUGCCUUGUUUUGGGUAGUGAGAGGCAGGGAGGAGGCAGCCCACAUUAUGUAGCUUAAAGGCCUCCAUGCAAUAGGUCUCCUGUAAAAAUGCAUCUGUAGACUACCCACUCAUCUUCCCUCAAGUGACUGAGCUCUUGUGAACUACUUAGUUGGAUGAGUGCCCUUUGACAAAGCCUUUCAAGCUGGAAAACACAUACCCCCAUGGUGGGCAAGGGGAGGAAGAUGCUAUCUCUUAGGAGGGUCGAUCUAGAGCAGCAGGGCUCAGUUAGAAAAUAAGGCAUUAUUUUAAAAUUAAAACCACCAUUAGUAUAUGAUGGGUUAGAAAUGGAAACUGACAUGACUGAAAUAAAACACACUUCAAGGAAACUGUUGGGUUAAUUGAAGAUAGACUCUUUAGUUACACUUUCAGUCAGCUGAGGCAAAUGUCCAGGCUCCUUCGCUAUUACAGGGAUGGGGGGAUUAUUUUGGAAAGAUGUGAGAAACGUUGCUCUAGAGUAUUUUGCACACCAAAAUACUCUAAUUCAGCAAAUCGUACAGCACUUGUACCCCAUCUUCACUUUUUUUUAACCCACAGACUAUCUGUAUUAUUAUUAACAAUGCAUUUUCUUUAUACUGAGUCAUUUAAAAAACUUAUUUUAAAAGAAAGCCCAUGUUAUUCCCCAAAUGAAAAACCAGCACCCUUCUGCUAUAAUAAAUAGAAGAAAAGAGACAUAAUAAGCAGAAUGAAAACAAAAUCAUAUUAAAUUUGACUUGAAUACUAUUACCAUCUAAGGACUCUAAGCUUAGGGCCUGCUCUCUUUGAUAAAAAGGGAGAUUAGCAAUUGUUGGAGAGCUAUUAAAGACAUUUUGACACCAACUCAAGACUUUCUCCUUGAUAUCAUCAUCAAGGUUUAAAAGAGAAUAGAAAAGGGAGUCCCUUUGUGAGCCACUGUUGAUUCAUGCCAUGCCUGUGAACUGUCCACAAGGCUGUCUGGAAGGGUGCCUUGAGAGAGCAGCCUUGACCAGACUGGCUGCUCUGGAGGAGAUACCUGCUCUCUCUCAGCAUCAGCCUAAGACCUUCUAAGCCCCACCUUCCCACCUUCAGGCCUGAGUGAUGGGCAAUCAUCUUGGUUCCUUACCUUCCCAAACUAGGGCUCCCAUACCUAGAGGAGCGCCUUGUCUAACUAGGUUACACUUAUCCAGUCACUUGUUCUAAGUCCAUCUGUGCUUAUGUUGUGAAAAAUGGGGUCAGAGGUGGCCAUUUUUCAUCUGUCACAAAAAAGAACCUAGGCUUUUUAGCUGUUUCUACACUCUUUACAUGGUGUUCUCCCACACAAACCUGCAGGCUAAGAGAAAAUCUCCUAUAUACGUCAAGGUGUUGGUGAAUCUGUGUGAAGGGUGAUCCCCUGUGCUCACCCCCCAGGGUGGAAACAGAACUGGAGGAAGGUGGAGAUGCGUCUGCUUCGAUCUCUGCUAAAUCUCCAGCAUGGAGACCCUGCCCAGCAUGUUCUAGGGCUUGAGGAAUUUCUGUUUAAUGAUUGGCAAAGGACUUAAGGUCCAGAACAGACACCGCCUGGAAGGCUUCAUUAGUGUCGGGAUCAGCAUUGUGAACCAAGCAGCAAAGAGACAGGACGAGACCUCUCAGAGGUAGUUUUGGCCAUCUGGGAUUUCCUUCAAAGUUCCACCUUCCCAACUGCUUCCUGGCUGCAAAUCCCUCAUAGUUAUGGAGCACAAAAUCCCAGAAUUGCAGGACGAUAUGACAAUGAAUCAACCGAGAACAGGAGGAGAUGUGAUGCCAAGACAAGGAGACCCUCUCACCUGUUUCCCCAUUCCCACCCAGAACCCAGCCCCGCCAGGUCUGCGCUCACCCCCAGUCUUGCUAGUUGUGAACAAAUAAAGAUGGAUAUAUUCAUAGUUGUUUCUGCCUGGACCUCACUGCUGCCUCUUUAUCUCCACGCUUCUUGCCUUUCUGCUUCGGACAACACUUUUCUAUUUGCUUUUGCUCACUAGUCCUCUCAGAAGU